AUGGACGGCGAUACCCCCAACACUGGCGCCGAGAUUGAUCUCUACGAGAUCCUCGGCGUCCCCAAAGAUGCCUCUCAAGCCGAUAUCCGCAAAGCAUACAGAAAAGCGGCGCUGGCCAGCCACCCCGACAAAGUGCCGCCCGAGGAGCGGGAAGAGGCAGAGGCCCGUUUCAAAGCCGCCUCCCAGGCUUACGAGAUCCUUUACGACGACGAGAAGAGACAUCUCUACGAUGCCCACGGCAUGGCUGCCUUCGAUGGGUCCCGCGGCCCCGGGGGCAUGGGUGGGGAGGUGAACAUGGAAGACAUCCUCAACCUGUUCGGCAUGGGUGGUGGGAUCCCGGGGAUGGGCAUGCCGGGGAUGGGCGGUCGCAAAAUGCGACGAAGUCCCGAUGAAAAUCAGAAAUACGAAGUCACCCUGGAAGAUUUGUACAAAGGCAAGACUGUCAAGUUCUCUUCCACCAAGAACGUCAUCUGUUCGAAAUGCAAGGGUACCGGUGGUGCAGAGAAGGCACAAGCCAAAGAGUGCUCCGCUUGCAAGGGGCAGGGUGUCAAACAGGUUCUGAGCCAGGUGGGGCCGGGCAUGUUGACCCAGCGCAUGGUCGAGUGCGGUGCCUGCGAGGGUACAGGCCAGGUUUUCAAUCCCAAGGACAAAUGCAAGAAAUGCAAGGGCAAGAGGGUCACGGAAGAGAAGAAGCAACUCGAACUCUACAUCCCCCGUGGUGCUCGGGAAGGGGAUCAAAUCAAACUCGAAGGCGAGGCGGAUCAGGUCCCUGGGGCCGAGCAGACGGGAGACAUCAUUUUCCACCUCGUUGAGCAGCCUCAUGAGGUGUUCCAGCGCACGGGCAACGACCUCAGCGCAAAGCUCGACAUCACUCUCGCCGAGGCGCUGACGGGCUUCCACCGCGUCGUCCUCAAGCACCUCGACGGGCGGGGCAUUGAACUGAGGCACCCACAAGAACCAGGCCAGAUCCUCCGCCCGGGCGAAGUGCUCAAGAUCCACGGUGAGGGCAUGCCGCUCAAGAAGUCUGACGCAAAGGGAGAUCUCUAUCUCGUCGUCGAGAUCGCCUUCCCUGAAGAUGGCUUCUUCUUGGACAAGCCCGAGGCGUUGGAGCAACUGCAGAAACUCCUCCCUGGGCCGGAGCCACCGAUCGAAGCCGAGGAAACCGAUGAGGUGAGUUUCGAGGUGGCAGACAUUGACGAAAUCGGAGGUCAGGAGGCCCAAGGAGCGUGGGAGGACGAAGAUGGUCCGCAGGGUGCGCAGUGCCAGACUCAGUAA